GCAAACUUUCUGUGGUCUCACACAAGUGGUCAGAAUCAUGCUCCCAAGCAAUAAAGCCCUGCUCUGGUCCAUCUUGGGAUUGUUUCUGGUGUCCAUGUUGGUCCUAAUGACCUUCAAAGAUCUUCCUCAUCAUCAACAACCAUCUCCAAUUCAUGUGAAACCUCCACAAGGUUGCCAACCAGUGUCACUAGACCCUUCCCACCCCAGUGUAGCAAACUUGUCUCAGUUGAAACCAGAUUUGGGCAUUUGUUCAAAGAUUACUACUCAUGUCAGGGUUGCCAAUGGCUCUGUGGAAGUCACCAUGGGGAAUCCUCAUUCUGCUUGCCACUUUUCAGGUUUUCAUGAAGAGAUUUACUGGGCUGGGGACUAUGCCAUCAUCAACAGUGGGAAAACCUGGACCAGGGCAAAGUUCACCCCAAGGUUAUCAGACUUUGUUCAGGCUCAGUGUGUAGACUUCAACACUGGGUUCAUGGUUGACACAGUGUUGCCCAUUGCCAGAAAAUUGCCAGAGAGACUUCUCAAGUUCAGGGGUUGGCAGUGGUUACCUGAAUCUGCUCUGCAGACAAAUGUGUUCAUUCUGGUGCUGCAAAGGACAUCUUCCAACAGGUUCAUCAGGUAUUUCCCCAAGACCCACAAGGUGUGCCAACAAUUAAAAGGCACUUAUUUCAAGGGUUACAAUGCCAUUGGACACACUGCUAUGGAGAAUUUCUUGCCUGUCUUCACUGGACAGAGGGCAGCACAUCCAGUAGUAAGCCAGCCCCUGAUGAAGCUGUACACUGAUGACUUGUACCCAUUAUUAUUCAGAAAAUUUGAGAGGUUUGGCUAUGUGACAGCUCUGUUGGAUGACCUUCCAGGAGACAGUCCCCACAGAGGUCAUGAGAGGGGUUUCAGGAAACACCCAGCAGAUCAUUACUCCAGGCCCCUGCAAUUGGCCCGCAAAUUUUUGCACCACAAUCAACCCCAAAACAUGGUCUGCAUAAACAACUCAACAGCUCAGUCAGUUGUGCUGGAGUACACAAGGGAUCUCUGGAGGAUUUACCAGGAUAAGCCAAAGUUUUUUGUUGUGGUGCUGCAGGGGAACUCUGAUGAUGGCUUGGCAGAGUUUUUGAAGACAAAUUUCAUGGGCAACUCAUGGGAUGACACAGUCUUGGCUGUUAUGUCAGACAUUGGGUACAGGCAAGAGGAGACCAGGGUUCUGCAAGAGAGGCUUGAGGCAAACAAUCCACUGUUGUACAUUAGGUUUCCUGAGGCUGUGAGAAAAACCCCAGGGGUUGCACACAACUUGGCUGCCAGUUCUUCAGCCUUAACCACACCCUUGGACAUCCAUGCAACCAUAGACUCACUCCUCCACUUCAAGGACCUGGACUUCAGGACUCACCAACCAUUCCCAACAGGUGGUAGGAACUUGAUGCAGGACUUUAAUUUCAAAUCCUGGGACUGCCCUAGUCUAGGAAUCCCACAGGAACUCUGCUCCUGCUCACCACACUAUCCCAUAGACCCAGAUAGUGUCACAGACCUGGCCAAGUCAGCUGUACAGGCCAUCAACAGUCUGGUCCACCAAGAAAUGAAGGCCUUUGAGAAGUUCCAAGUGCAGACCAAGACCUUGUACUACCUGGACAUGUGUGUGCCUUGGAGGGUGUCUGGGGUCUUGUGGGCCACCAAGUCCCAGCACUAUUCUGCACUCAUGGUCCAGGUGCACCCAGGGGCCCACAGAUUUGAGGUCAUCAGGAACACCACUCCCAACUCAUCAUGGUACUUCUCAAGGAACCAUGUGGACACCACUGCUUGUUGCAUUCCCAGGGAGCUGUACUUACUCAGGCAGUUCUGCUUGUGUGACCUCACCAUUCCAAGUGUCAGGAAAGCUUGUGAAGCCAUGAACUCUGCCUGA